CGCCGCAGCGCCGCCACUUCCUGUGUCCGCGGGUUUGUUUACAACUGUCACAUUUUUCUCAAUGAACUUUCCCCAAGACGAGAAGGUUUUAUAUUUUUCACUUUUGUGCGCCCCGCUGCGGACGUGUGCGGUGCGAGCGGAGAUGCGGAGGGAGUGUAGCCGCGGAACAUGCCUCUGAUCCCCGCGAACCAGUCCCAGCUCAUCCGCUCGAGCCAAAAGGACGAGUUUUACCGAAGUGUCCUGAGAAACAACGUCAACGAGGCUUUUCAGAGCGCGGCAGGCUCCAGGCGAUGGCUCUUCUGGAGGAGGGAGGUGCAGCUGCUCACGGACUUGGCCUAUUACACCCUGACCACCGUCUCAGGUUACCAGACUCUGGGUGAAGAGUACGUGCAGGUCCUCCAGGUGGACCCGUCCCAGCGCCGGGUCCCGUCUGUGGGCAGGAGAGUCGGGUUCGUGCUGUGCCACAGCCUGGUGCCCUACCUGCUGGAGCGGGUACUGCAGUGUGUGGAGAGAGAACUGGACCAGGACGACAGCUCGCCCCCGCGCCAGGUGCCGUCCGGGGCGUGGUCUUUGUGGUCUUUGGAGGCGUGUCUUCGGGGCUGUGUGCGGCGGGCAGUGGGCGCCCUGACCCCCGCCCAGAGGAGCGUCUGUGCCCCGGCCGUGCCCGCGCUCCAGCAGCUCCUCGACCUCCUCCACCGCUUCCACACGGCGCUGUUCUACCUCACGGGAAACUUCUACCACCUGUCCAGACGAGCGGCGGGCGUCAGCUACCUGCGUGUGACGGGGGCCUCUGAGGACGACGGCGCCAUCAGGACCAGCUACCGCCUGCUGGGGGCGCUGUCCCUGCUCCAGCUGCUCUUCACUGUGCUCCUGCAAGUCAGGCGCUUCAGACAGGGACAGAGAGCGCGACAGGAGCGACAGGAGCGACAGGAGCGACAGGAGCGACAGGAGCGACAGGAGCGACAGGAGCAGAGAGUCUGCAGGAACCAGCACAGUCCGGUGGAGUUUCCUGUCAGUUCCGUUCGCUGUAGUUUGUGUCUGGAGCAGAGGAGGGACCCGACUGCCACCCCCUGUGGACACCUGUUCUGCUGGGAGUGUAUCAGCGAGUGGAGCCACAACAAGGCCGAGUGUCCUUUGUGCCGAGAGAAGUUCCUCCCUCACAGACUGGUCUUCCUCCGCAACUACAGCUAGAUCCUCUCACCCACUGUGCCCCACUGUGCCCCCCCCGCUGCCCACUGUGCCCCACUGUGCCCCACUGUGCCCCAAUGUGCCCCACU